CUUUCUUCAACAAAAAAAUUUAGCCACCAAGCAUAUUUUGUUAUAGAAAUAGGCUUCCGGUGCUUCAUUUUCUCUCACUCCAUUUCUACUGCGCCUUUCUCUGCAUUUUCCUUAUCUUAAAAAAAAAAAGAUAAACAAAAAAAACCCACAAAAAUGGCACCGACGUCACUUCUUGGACCCCCAGAACUGCACAACGCAGACCUCCUCAAAAAAUCAAAAAAUGACGGCGUAAGAUCCUUACGAUCCGUGAGUGAUCCGUUCAUGGAUCUAAUGAUAUCAAAAUUCAACACAUCAUCAGUUUCAGAAUCACCACAAAUGGGCUACACAGAAAACAAUUCAUCGACUUAUCUAUCAUCAGGUGAUCCAUGCAUUGAUUUCUUUUUCCAUGUAGUACCCAAAACUCGGUCUGAAUCAAUCAGGGAAAGACUCUACUCUACUUGGCAACACAACCCUUUAACCACCCUCAAACUUAUUUGUAAUUUACGAGGUGUACGUGACACUGGUAAAUCUGAUAAAGAAGGGUUCUACACUGCAGCAAUCUGGUUACACCAAUUCCACCCCAAAACGCUGGCCUGUAAUGUUCCGCAUAUGGCAGAUUUCGGUUAUUUUAAGGAUUUUCCGGAGAUUCUUUACAGGCUUUUGGACGGCGAUGAUGUAAGAGUGAAACAAAAAGCAGAGUGGAGACGCAGAAAAUCAGGAUGCGGUGGCAAAAGGAGACGCAGCAGGUUUUAUUUAACGAAUUCAACGUUUAGAGGUCCGUUUGCUAGAAUCAAGAAGAAAAAUAAAAGAUCAAGAAAAGGAGGCAAGCCACAUGCUUCUAAAGAAAGAAGGGUCAAAAAUUCUUUGCAAAAAGAUAAAAUUGAGAAGGAGAAAGCAAGUUUGUCAAGAAAAUGGAAAAAGGUUGCUAUGGCUAAGAAAGUGUUUGAUAGAUAUAGUAGAGACCCUGACUUCCGAUUCUUAUACGAUCGCGUUUCAGAUUUCUUCGCAAACUGCUUGAAAUCUGAUAUUGAGUAUUUAAAGUCUGGUCAGAUCAGGAAAGUGAGUCUUGCCGCAAAAUGGUGUCCUUCCAUUGACUCUUCUUUUGAUAAGUCAACUCUGUUGUGUGAAAGUGUUGCUAGAAAGAUAUUUACUAGAGAAUUAUACCCUGAAUAUGAAGGUGUUGAAGAGGUGCAUUAUGCUUAUAGGAUUCGUGAUAGGUUAAGGAAGGAGGUUUUAGUGCCGUUGCGCAAGGUUCUUGAAUUGCCUGAGGUUUAUAUGGGGCAUAAUAAAUGGGGUGAGAUUCCAUAUAAUAGAGUUGCUUCUGUUGCUAUGAAGUUUUAUAAAGAGAAGUUCUUGAAACAUGAUGCUGAUCGUUUUAUCAAGUAUUUGGAGGAUGUGAAAUCUGGCAAGUCUAAGCUUGCUGCCGGUGCAUUGUUGCCUCAUGAAAUAAUUAAGUCUUUGAAUGAUGAUGAUGGUGGACAAGUAGCUGAAUUGCAAUGGAAAAGAAUGGUUGAUGAUCUUUUGCAAAAAGGAAAGUUGAGAAAUUCUAUGGCCAUCUCUGAUGUGUCUAGUAGUAUGGAUGGGAUUCCUAUGGAGGUGUCUGUCGCAAUGGGUGUUUUAGUUUCUGAAUUAAGUGAUGAGCCUUGGAAAGGAAAACUCAUCAGUUUUACUGCUAAUCCUACUCUUCAAUGUCUCCAAGGAGACAGUCUCUUGGAUAAGACACAGUUUGUGAGAAACAUGGAGUGGGGUAACAACACUGAUUUUCAAAAGGUGUUUGAUCUUAUUUUGCACGUUGCCGUUAAUGGGAAACUGAAGGAGGAUCAAAUGAUUAAAAGGGUGUUUGUGUUUAGUGCUAUGGAAUUUGAUCGAGCAUCCACGACACCUUGGGAAACUGACUAUAAAGCUAUAUCGAGGAAAUUUACAGAGAAGGGUUAUGGAAAUGUGAUACCUGAGAUUGUGUUUUGGAAUUUGAGAAAUUCAAUGGCUACACCAGUUCCUGGGAAGCAGAAUGGAGUGGCACUUGUGAGUGGGUUUUCCAAGAAUUUGUUGAAGAUGUUCUUGGAACGUGAUGGCACCAUUGACCCUGUCUCUGUUAUGGAAGCUGCCAUCUCCGGGGAAGAGUAUCAAAAGCUAGUCGUGCUGGAUUGAUUUCAUCUUUAUAUAUGUAUAUCUAUUUAAUUAGUAGUAUUAUAGAUAUCCGUAUCCUUUGUCUUUCCCUUUGCUUUUGAAGGAGAGAGUUAGUUCUCCAAGCAUCGUGAAUUUGAGUUCAUAAAGCUGUAAACUCUAUCUCUUAAUUUUAUUUUUUUCCCAGAUGGAGUUUAAUGCCAGAGGCAGUUUUAACUGCACUAGAUGCAAAUAAGGUUUUUUUUCUUAUCUAA